GCAUUUGUGACGUCACAGACAACGGGCUGGCGUGCAGCAGGCCAGCAUCAGUUUCAAAGGUUACGGGAGAUUGGCCAGAAGGCGGACAAACUGUGCAGGGAAGUCCUGCACUGCUGACCUGCAGUCUGAGCCAGCCGGUCACUCACUUCGGUCCGAAAGCUGUUCUCUGGCGGCACCAUGAAGACCCCGAUCACGUUCCGUCGGCGGCUGCUGCUGACCUGCUGCUGCUCGCUGCUGGUGCUGUUGCUGGUGGCCCUGCAGGUCGUGCAUCAGGCUCCUCAGAUGGAGCUCCCAGCCGGCUGCUGGAGCGUUCCGGAGCCGCGCCUGGGCGCCGCUGUACUGCCGCAGUACGGCCGGUACCGAUACCUGCUGAACAGUCCCGUGUGUGGUGGCGGGGAGGAGGUGCGGGCCGUGAUCGUGGUCCACUCGGACCCGCGCCGCCCGGAGGUCCGCCAGGCCAUCAGGGACUCGCUGCCGGCAGCCGAGCUGGCCCAACUCGGUCUGCGGCGCGCCUUCAUGCUGGCUGAGGCGUCCACCAGGCUGAAUGUGAAUGACACCACCAUAUCGCAAAUUGCUAUAGCGACGGAGAACGCCCUCUAUCACGAUGUGGUGCAGGGAGACUUCCAUGACUCCUACUACAACCUGACCUACAAGCACAUCAUGGCCCUCGACUGGGCCACCACCUUCUGUCCCCAGGCCAGACAUAUAAUCAAGAUGGACGAUGACAUCGCUUACAAUGUGUACGAGGUACUGCACUUGCUGGAGAAGAGCCCUGAUAACGGAUAUCUGGGUGGUAAUGCCUUCCGAAAGGCCAAGCCUUACCGUGGUGAUUCUAAAUGGCAUGUGAGCUUGGAAGAGUGGCCCAAGGAGUAUUACCCACCGUAUGUAUCAGGGUGGCUGUAUAUCGCCAGUCAGGACAUGGCAAGUGCGAUGGUUAGACGGUCCACCGAGCUGCCGUUUUUCUGGAUAGACGAUCUAUUCAUCACCGGAAUGAUAACAGAAAGGAUGGCAAUUAACAUUACAGGAUUUAACGAUCUUUUUGCCACGUCGGCUGAAUGCGUCCGUCACACGGUCAACCAGAGCUACCCCCGGCUCGGACGACCCAACGGCACCGUCUUCAGUCCCAGCGUGGUGGUUACGCCCACUGACCGCGACCUGGACGCGCUGAAGGCCUUCAACAAGCUCUGUCGCUACUGCAGGAGCCGGCCGUGCCAGAAGAGAGAACGAGGGAAAGUGUGUGCAAAUACUUACUGACGUGGCUGCAUAACUUGUAUAUGCAGCAACUCUCAGGUGUUUCGCGCAUAUAUAAAAAAAACGGCGACGAAUUGCGCCGCCAUUUUUGUCACACUAGUUCAUACAUCGUGCCCGCACACGUUGUGAAACAUUCAGACCUGGGUCGUUCAAGGUCAGGUCACCAGAUCACGCCAAGUGAUCUUCCCUCAGGACAAAAAAGUUUCCACGCUCGCCGUAGCCACACCAACUGACGAUCACUUUGAAACUUUCAAAAGUUGAUGAGAGGAAUAGUAUAAAAGUACUCGGUUUUUCAUAUCUCUGACUAAACCACAGGUCAAUUUUGCGACCUCUCCAUCAAUAGGGUAAAAUCGAAAUGCGUUUUUUUUUGUAUGCUGUUCUAAUCACUCUCAAACAUGGUUUUAUAGGUAAACAUGACACACUAGAGAGGAAAAUUGCACCCGUGACCCUUUGGUGUGCCACUGAGGUCAUCUCAGACUCAGGCCAUGAAAGGUCCCCAGCAGUUUGUUGGCUAUAGAGACGUGCUAGAGCGGUGCCGAUGUGUUCAGCUCGACGAUACGGAUCAACUGAUAUUGAGCAUGGCCCUUUCCAAUCUGGUCAUGACGUUGACCUGAAGUCAAAUUUUCAGCAUGACCUUCCAAGAUUAAAUUUUGAUUCAUUCGAAACGUCUCGACGAGAAAAACACGAUUCUGGCAAAAGCAUAGGCGGCGGAACGGGGCACCGGGGCGCGAGUUACCUAAGUGUGGAACUACACGUCGAUUAUAGGGCUCUGAUUGGUGACUUUGGUCGGGGGAUGACGCUUAUAACAUGAUGUCACUCACGUACUUGGCCGGACCAACGGCGCAGCGCAGGUCAAUUUUCCGGUCAUGACCUGACCGGAAAGGGUCAUGUUGCAUAUCCUGCGCCCCAGUGGCGGUCUCAGCCAACUUCGCCCUAGUGGGGGGGGGGGGGCAUAUGUUACCACCCACCUCUAACUCAAAAACUAAGAGGGCUAGAAAGACGCAGUAAAAAUCAGUCGAUAGCUCUCAAUGCGUACGUUUGCAAGUAUUUCAGUCAUUUUUCAUCUUAGAGCAAAAUUGGGGCCACCAGAGGUCAUCAAAGGUCCGAAAAUUUGCCAAUGGUCAUUAUAUUUUUCAGAAAACAUGCCGUUAUCUCAGGAACUAUGGUAGCUAGAAAAACGCAUGGAAAAGCAUUCGAUAGCUUUUGAACCCUUCUUUUGAUAAGGUCAUCAUCAAAAAUGACCUCAGGUCAGUCGUUUAGCCUCCAGAGGGCAAAAUCUCCUAACCUUCCAGGCGGUGGGGGGGGGACAUUUUUUGCCCCAUUUAGUUUUUUUCAAUAUAUCUGGAGAACCGCUGCGCCGAUCGUCAGGUUAGGUUAGACAAUAACUUUCGACUUUAAAAAGUCACGACAUUUCUAUUGCCAGAAUCGUGUUCCUCUCGCCCAGACGCGUCGAAUGAACUAUAAUUUGACCUUGAAAGGUCAGCUUGAAAAUUUGACCUCAGGUCAAGGUCAUGACCUGACCGGAAAAGGUCACGUUGCAUAUCAGCCGAUGCGUCUUAACAGGGCAAACACAAUGAGACCAUCCCCAGCGUUCUAUCUCCUUCCAAUCGAGAGUUAUUGGCAAAAAUCUGUUUGUAGCCUCAAAUGACCUCGGGUCGUCACGGGUGGUCCAAAUCAUUGUGAUUCUGAAAUAUUUGGACUGUUCCUAUGCGUACACACGGAUCUAGAGGCAUUUUCAUUUUUCUCCAUUGACUUAUAAUGGUAAGGUCACGCCACUGACCUGACCUUAGGUCACGGAUAUAAAAAAAAUCCGAGAUAUACAAAUUGUAGGCGCCCAUAACAUCAUGCAAUCCACCAAGUCUAAAACCUUUCUGACAAACACUGCAGGCUGGACAUGAUUGCAAACUUUUUUAGGCUUGGGCAGUUAACUUGACCUGGUGACCUGACCUGACAUGACCUGGGUCAAAAAUGUCACACAUUGUCCAAAAUUGAUGUACAAAAAGCUACUCCAAGCGGCGCGGCGCUACGCGCCACGGUUUUUUAUUCACACGCAAAAAAACGCGACAGCGUGGUAACAUAUGCCUCCCCCCCCCCCCCACUGCACUGGGGCGAAGGAUAUCAGUCGAUCCGCAACGUCGAGCUGAACACAUCUAAGGCUUUUUCAUCGCUCUAGCAUGCCUCUAUCAGAAGCUAUUAGCGAAAAACGGUUAGAUUCUAUUCGAGACCUGUGAUGACCUCGGGGACAUAACGAGGGGUCACCGUUGCCAUUUUCCGGUUCAAUGUGUCCAUUUUACGUGCAUCUCGUUGUUUGAGAGUGUCUAGAAUGGCGUACGUGGAAAACAGACGCUUUUCAAUUUUCUCCCAUUGACUUUUAAUGGAAAGGCCGCAAAAUUGACCUGUCCUUAGGUCACCGAUAUCAAAAUUCCGAGAUAUGCAUUUUAUAGAUAAUGUUACUCUUAUCAAUCGCUGAAAGUGUCCGAAGGCAAUCGUGCAGUCGGUGUAGCUAUGACAAGCAUUCUUAUUUUUCUGAGGUGAGGUCACUUGGCGUGACCUGGUGUCCUAACUUAGGGCUACCUGGGUCUGCAAUUUUUACAACAUGUGCGAAAAAGAUGCACAAACAGGUGUGCCAAAAACGGCGGCGCUCCGCGCCGCCGUUUUGAAGAUAUCUGCGAAAAACCGCAGGGUGUGUGUGUGGGGGGGGGGGGGUUUCAAACUUCCCCCGGCCCGCCGCGGUUUAAUUAUUCCGAAGCCACCAGUGAAUGUCGUCACAGUCACUCACAACAAUACGAAUCGUGCAGUCAUGCGCUGGGGGUCCGCCAAGUUUGAGCUAGGGGCGGGGGAGGGGAGGGGAGCGGGGAGCGGACGGAAUCAAUGGCGGAAUGACGGGGAGACAGCAGGCUGCUGUCACUGUGAGCUGUUGAGACAGUGAGCUGCUGUCACUGUGAGCUGUUGAGACAGUGAGCUGGUGGAACUGUGAGCUGAUUGUAAAAUUGUGAGUUGGUGACUGUCAGCCGGUGUGACCGUGAGCCAGGGGUGGGACUUGGAUCGUAACAGGUUUUAUUUCUUUCUUUUACAAAGAACAUGUCCGGUCUGUAUGUUCCUGGUGAAAAUAUAUAUAUUAAAAAGAAAGAAAAAUAA